AACUGCCAUGCAAUGUUCUCCUUCAUAUUCAAAGUUUAGAUUAGACUCUAAAGCUUCGGAAGUGGACAAAUUUCAUCUGUACAAUGUCUGCGUUUUUAAUGUUUCUGUAUUCGUUGAUUGUUUGGUGUUUAUUGGUGUGUAAUGCGCUAACUGACAACAAACCCAGUGCUAAAAUGUCCAAAGUUUGGGGACCUGGUUUGAUAAGUGGCGUUGUAUUACCUGCAAGAUAUUUUUUUAUACAUGCUGCAGAUAAGAACGGAAAUCUUUUGACUGAGUCACCUGGAGAGAAUGCAUUUGAAGUGGAGUUGCGUAAAAAGAAUGGUAGAGUUAGAGCAUGGAGGAAAAUAUUGGAUCGUCAUGAUGGCUCGUACAUUGUGUUUUAUCGAGCAUAUGAAAGCAUGGAUGAGUUAUAUUUACAUGUGCGGUACAAUGGUAAAGAUGUAGCAGAGUCUCCCUAUGUACUGAAAGAUUUUUACCACGAGGAUUGCAACUGUCCGCAAAGAAACCGCAGUGUUUGGAGCGCUAUCAUGAACUGCCCUGCGACUUAUAAGCAAAUUGAUGUGGAUCUUUCAAGAUUUAAAGAAAUUGAUCUUGACAGAGUGGAAAAGGAAGCUGUUGAGAGAUUUGGACAGCAUCAUGCACUUGUUCAUUAUGCCAUUAUCAAAAACAAACUAUAUCGCAAGACAUAUGGUAAACAUGUAGGAUUUGCGCAGUUUAUGGAUUCCUGGCUACAUUCACUGAUGCGUAAGGUGAGGUUACCUAACAUGGAAUUAUUUGUGAACCUCGGCGAUUGGCCCUUGGAGAAAAGGCAUUCAAAUCCUCUACCGAUCUUUUCGUGGUGUGGAUCUAAGGACAGCGAAGAUAUCGUCAUGCCUACCUAUGAUGUGACGCAGUCAAUCACUGAAACAUUGGGCAGGAUUUCCUUAAGUAUGCAGUCAGUUCAAGGGAACACAGGGCCAAAAUGGCAAAAUAAGAUUCCUAAGGCUUUCUGGCGUGGAAGGGAUAGCCGACAGGAAAGGUUGGAUUUUGUAGUUAUGGCGAGAAAGAACCCCGAGCUCUACGACGUCGCUCUUACGAACUUUUUCUUUUUUCCUUACGAUGAAAAGAAAUACGGACCGAAAGGACAACAUGUCUCCUUUUAUGAUUUCUUCAAGUACAAAUACCAAAUCACCAUAGAUGGAACAGUUGCUGCAUAUAGACUACCCUAUUUACUUGCUGGCGAUUCUCUUGUCUUGAAAAUGGACUCGGACUAUUACGAGCAUUUCUACAGAGAACUGCAACCAUGGGUCCAUUACGUUCCUUUCAAAAAAGAUCUUAGUGAUCUUGCUUCGAGAUUACAAUGGGCUAUAGCGAACGAUAAAGAGGCGGAGAAAAUUGCUCUAAGAGCACGAGAUUAUGUUCGUGAAAGAUUAACGCCUGAGCAUAUUUAUUGUUAUUAUCUUAUACUGUUUCAGAAAUUUUCUAAACUUCAAAAAGGGAAACCGAGGAAGAGGGAAGGAAUGGAGUAUAUUGCACAACCAAAAGACGAUAACUCUCGUUGCGAAUGUAAACGUAAAAAGAAAAAGGCAAAGAAUCAUGAAGAACUGUGAAGAAGUACGCAAUAGCUGGUUAUUCCAAAGAAUUUUGUAUAGGAAGUGUUUUUAAAUGUGUUUUUGCUUAUCUAGCUAAGCCAUUGAUAAUUUUUUUAAACAUUUUGGACAGAAAAAAUUUCAAAUGCAUUUAUACAAAAAUUUUGCACGAUUAAAUUGAACUCUGAGCAUACAUACACCAUAUAAAUAAGUCAUUUGCAUCUGGUUGCACCCUCGAAGAAAGCAUUGGGAAAGAGCAGCAAGAUCUAGAAAAACAGACUACUGUAGAAAGCUAGGCUUUCUUCUAAACGUUUGCUACGUCGUUGCUUUCAAAGCUUGACGUCUUGCUUCCACCCACGAUCUGAACAUCCCUCUAAACAUUGAAAAACAAAUCACUGUUAUUGAAUGCACACUCCAAUGAAAUUAUUAUUCAUUAAAGAUUAUUCUUAAA